AGCUGUUAUCUUGAAUUUCGCUCUCGAGUUGUGGUGUAAUUUUUACAUUUUAUUUUUUUUUUCCUUCAAAUUCCGUCCUUCGUAAUUCGCAAAAUAGGUAUCAUCUUGUAUACGUGUGAAACAUUUCCGUUGUGUUUUUUGGGUUUUUCUCGAGUGAUUUUCCCCGUGUCCGUUUGAGUCGACGACGAGCAACGUUGUUGUACGGGUCACAGACCAGAAAGCCGUCGAACCUGGUGGAUAGAGACGAAAAACAUGAUAUAAUUUGCCGAGAUUGUAGACGUCAACAGAGUGGGCCUUAUCAUAUCCGUGCCAGUGGCAAGGCAAGUAGUGACAUUCUACCAGUCGCCUACAUUUUUCAGAAAAUCAUCUUCCACCCUUGUGUGUGCCCUGUCGCGGUUGUCCCCGUCUUGCUCAUUCGACAAUCAUGUUGAGCCGCGCCGACGGUCUAGUACAACGGCGCAACGUCAACCGAGACAACCCAGAUGGUACGUCCAGAGAAAACGGCCAUUCCACGGACAAAGCCGAUUACGAAGAGGACAUAGACGACGGUGACUCCAAGGAGACCCGACUGACCCUUAUGGAAGAAGUAUUAUUGUUGGGCCUCAAAGACAAAGAAGGCUAUACGUCAUUCUGGAAUGAUUCAAUAUCAUCUGGAUUACGAGGCUGCAUAUUGAUUGAACUAGCACUUCGGCAAAGAAUCGAAUUAGAAAAAGCUGGAAUGCGGAGAAAAAGUUUACAAACAAGAAAAGUGAUUGUAAAAAAUGAUACGCAGACGGGCGAUGUUCUUCUUGAUGAAGCUUUGAAACAUAUCAAAGAAACAAAUCCUCCGGAAACAGUUCAAAGUUGGAUUGAAUACUUGAGCGGUGAAACUUGGAAUCCGUUAAAAAUCAAAUAUCAAUUGAAAAAUGUACGAGAACGGUUAGCGAAAAACUUAGUAGAAAAAGGUGUUCUUACAACUGAAAAACAAAAUUUCCUUUUAUUCGAUAUGACCACGCAUCCGUUAACAGAUAACGAAGCAAAAGUUAGACUAGUAAAGAAGGUACAAGAUGCGGUUUUGUCUCGGUGGAUUAACGACCCACAUCGAAUGGACAAGCGACUUUUGUCUCUGUUACUACUGGCACAAGCAUCGGAUGUAUUAGAGAGUGCGUUUUCUCCGUUAAACGAUGAAGAUUAUGAAUUAGCCACCCGAAGACUAAGGGAGUUAUGCGAUAUGGACCUGGAAGUAGAAUCAAUGAAAGGGUCGACAAAUGAUGUUAUUUGGGCAGUAUUUGCAAACUUCAAUAAAUAAGUAAGUAAUGUAAUGACCAAACUGUUAACCAAUGUUUAUUAAACAACAAUUUUGUUAAAGGUUAUUAUAUUUUAUAUAACUACCUAUAUUUAGUAUAUUAUUCGAAACAAUACUAAUUGUUUUAACAUUUUUUUCUUUAUGAAAUAAUUUUUUUAUUUUAAGCAAUUAUUCCACUGCAUCACUUGUUUACUAGUUGUAUUUUUAUCAAUGCUGAUGUUUAGAAUUUUGAGUGUUGAUCCAAAUCUUCCACUCUUAUCGAUGAUCAAUAAUAUUAUUGUUAUUAUUGUUAAUUUAUUAGAAAAUGAAAUAACAAAGCUUAAUCAUUCGGAGAUGAAUGUUGUACAAAUGUCUUACAAAAAUUUAAACAAUAAAUAGUAGCUGUUUUAUGUAAAGUGGAAUGAGCAAUUUUGCUAAUUUCAUCUCAAAUCAAAUCACUUAGUAAUGAAUCUACAUAUUACGUUAAACUACAUGCUUAUGUUAUAACAUAAAUUAUCAUUUGAAAAAGCGACGAGAUUUCUGUUUUUUGUUUUGUUUUGUUAAUAUUUCAGUUAAAUACUGAUCUCGAAACUACAUAAUGUAUAGUGCCAUCAAUAUUUUUUAAUUUAAUUUUUACCGGUGAUUUAAAUUAAAAUAUAUAUUUUUUAAAAUUGUAUUUAUUUAUUAUAAUAUGGAACAUUAAAAUGUUUUUUUUUUUUUAUGUAGUUAUUGUUCUAUAUUAUUUUUGUUUAACAAAUUAAUUACGAAAUUAUUUUCAUUUGUUUUAAAGCACUUCAAAUACAUAGGCUAUGUCUUCCAUUCCUUUUUUUUUUAAACAUGAUAAUUAGUAAUAGUAUUGGAUUUCAUAUAGUAUAAUCUUAUUAUUUGGUACAUUUCAAAUUAUUUUUUGCGUUCUCUCCUCAAUGUGAUGACAACUCCUGAAAUAUAUUAUUUACCUUUUUUUUUGUGUUAUGUUCAUUUUAUUAAAGUUGAUUUGCUUGAGUUUUUAUUUCCGUAAUAGGUACCAAUCAAUAAUGUAUGUAUAUAAUAAUUAAUUAUUGGUAAAUUGUGCAAAGUAAUGGUUGUAUGAAAAUAAUAAUGCUAUAUGUACGGCUGUGAUGGGUAUUUAACAAAAUUUAUUCUUCAAUUUUUACUAUUAUUAUUAUUAUUAUUAUUAUUAUUAUUACUUUAUUUAUAAUUUUAAUAGUUUACCUACUUUAUUCACUUUGAAACACCAUGUAUAUAGAAUUGAUAUUAUUUAAUUAUAUAAGUUUAUAUAUUAUCGAAUAAAAUGUGUAACAUUAUUUGUAAAUAACUACAUCAUCUAUUUAGAUGAAGUUCUUGGGUCCGUUUCACAUCGGCAAGCGGCAUAUAAAAUACAUUAAAUAUAACAAUUCAUAUCUAUGUGUGUGGUACUGCCACUAAGUUUUUGCAACCGGUGUUCUUUACGAUCCAAACGUGUGACUUGGUCGGUUCUAAAUUUAAAUGCGGCGUUUGAAAAUACUGUACACGUAUUGUGAAACGGACCUUACUGUGACCUACGCAUAAACCAUUUUUAUGUUGAAACAUUAUUUUAAAUCAUUUUAAUGUAUUAUAGUUAUAAAAUUUAAUUUUUUUUUAGUUUAUAAAUAUAUAUAUAUAUAUAUAUAUAUAUACAUUUUUCCAAUGUAUUAUUAAUUUGUAAUAAUUUACUGCUCUGCUUCUAUGGUUACGCUAAUUUUUUUUUUAAAUUUAAUAUUGUUAUUGGAAAAUCCUUUUAUUAGACUUAAACUUUUAUAUACUAUGUCAAAAACAUCCCAGACACUUGUAUGUGUGUGUCUAUAACUUAGGAAAACAUAAAUAUAAUGAAAACUAUUUUAUCAAAAUGCUAUAUUGAUUUAAUGUAGUAAAAUUUUUUUCUCUACGAUUAAUGGAAAAAAAUUAAUGUACCUAUUAUUUAUAUACACAUUUCUAUAAAGUGCGUUCUACUUAAAAAAUUAGGUUUUUUUUUUUUGUAAAUAUAAUAUUACAUUUUUUAAAUGAAAAAAUAAAUAUUAUAGCUUUUACUUAAUACAAUUUAUGAUGUAGCAUGAUGUCAACAUUAAUAUACUAAAUUUAAUACUAGAUACUAUUACUGUAUUAAGCCUCGAUACACUGUAUUUUUUAAUUACAUGCAUGUGUUUUAAAUGUUAGGUUUAAUUAUUAUGAUUAUGAACAUAUAGAAAUGUCGAAUGCUCAAAACCGAUCAGUAUGUGUUUUGCUUCAUGUACAAAAAAUACCUCUUUUUACGUGUACUCUUUUUAUUUAUAUCAAAAUGUAUAGUAUAAUAAUUACAUUAACAUUUAUAUAAAAUACAAUAAUUGUGAUAAUAA